AUGCGCUAUUACAUUGUAGCCCUGAUCCUCCAGAGUAUUAGCUUCUCCACGGCUAGGCUGAUGUCGUAUCAAACAUCUCACAUACCAGAGGAACAGAAAGCUUUUAAUUGUAAUGGAAGAAUCUACGAUAGCGUUUAUCUAGACCAACAUAGAGCAAGCGAUGGAAGAUUUUACAAUAGUGAGGCAUUGGACUACGGAAUCUUGAACCGAUUAGAUAAAAUCGCGAAAAGCCAGGGUACAAGACAAAAACUCAUGUAUUUUGGAGACAGCAGUACGCCUUGUAAUGAUUUCUUCCUUACUUAUUAUGAUUAUACCCCACUCGAAUACAUUGAAGACUAUCUAGUGUUCGACACAAAUUCGCGGAUAUGUGCCAUGUUAAGCACAAGUAGCAGGGCUCCACAUCCUCCCACAGACAUUUAUGAGAAUGGGAUUUCCAGAGUAAAACAAGAAACAUUUUGCGAUUUCUACCAGACAAAUGCGUACUACUAG